AAAUUUAGACGAAACGAAAGUAGAAUGGCCGGCUAUUUACGGUGUGUUGUGUAUGUGUGCACUUUUGGAAAUGUUCAAUCAACUUGAAAAUGAAUAUUUUUUCCUCCUCAAAUAUCUUUGAAUUUGUUGUAAACAGAUUUUUCCUAUUUUUACAUAUCUAUCAAAAUAUGAAACUUUUAAUUUACUUUAAGAAACGUCGAGGAAAGAAUAACGGCUGCCGGUGUUUGCGUUAAAACGAAACUAUAACGAGUGCGAACGCGUCGUUGCAAUUAACGUUAACGUCGUUUUGUAUAAUUUGAUUGAUAUAUACUCGUACAUUGUCGUUUGCUUUUUUGCGUGUGUAGUGUGUUCUAGUAUUGGCGCUCGCUGCUAUGCCUGGAGCCGGGACUUUUAAGCUAUUCAUCGGAAAUCUCGAUGAGAAAACUCAGACAUCUGAGUUACGGCCUCUAUUUGAGAAAUACGGUUCCGUGGUGGAAUGCGAUGUCGUUAAGAAUUAUGGAUUCGUGCACAUGGAGACGGAAGAGCAAGGCCGGGAAGCUAUACAGAAUCUCAACGGUUAUAUGUUGAAUGGCAACGGUAUUAAAGUGGAGGCGGCUAAAAGUCGUCGCGCACCAAAUACGCCUACAACGAAGAUAUUUGUGGGUAAUCUUACCGAUAAGACACGUGCUCCCGAAGUACGCGAAUUAUUUCAGAAAUACGGCACCGUUGUCGAAUGUGAUAUUGUGCGCAAUUAUGGUUUCGUGCAUCUCGACUGUAUUGGUGAUGUACAAGAUUGCAUUAAGGAACUCAACGGUCGUGUCGUAGAUGGUCAACCGCUUAAGGUACAAGUAUCGACAAGUCGUGUCCGUCCCAAACCGGGAAUGGGCGAUCCGGAGAAGUGUUAUCGUUGCGGACGUCCCGGCCACUGGUCGAAAGAAUGUCCGCGCUUAUAUGGCGGCAGUAUCGGAGAUCGUGGCAUGGGUCCGCCGGGCGCUUACAGAGAUCGUAUGUACGGACGUGAUCCUUAUCCACCACCGCCACCACCACCACCGUUUUUACGCGAUCGCAUUAUGGACGGCUUUAGGGAUUACGAUUACUAUGAUCGUAGGUUUGAUGAUACACGCGAAUUAUUUGAAAGGCGUUAUCAGAGUUCGCGAAUGCGCGAUUUUCCGCCGCCACCAUUAUCCAGGCGUGAGCCCAUGCCACUGCCACCGCCUUUAAGUAGCAGCUUACGAGGAGGAAGCCUAGCCAGAGGUUACGAUAGUAUGUUUAGUCGACGUUCACCGCCACCUCCUCGUAGCAGCAAUGGUAUGGGACGUUAUGGCUAUGAAGAUUUCAGUCGCGAUUCAUUUGACGAUCGUAUGAUAUCAUCGCGCGGAAUGCGGGGUCCUUCACCACCCGGCCGCCGUUAUGCACCGUACUGAGAUCAACUGUACGCCUCCCAUAAUAACUUGCGUCUUACAUUUGCCACUAGAGUUGAUGGUUACCGUCGUCGAGAUCCACUCGAUCGUUAUGAGCAUAUCAUAAAUGAUCAUGCUAACGAGGAAGAAGAAGAAACUAUCAUUACCACUCAGUUGGAAUGGCCUUCUUCUUCCAUCCACAACACUAGAUAUAGACACAAGAUUUAAA